CGGCGGAAAAAAAGGUCAUCAUCCUACUUUAUAGUGGGAAACAGCUUUUUCGACACAAAUUCCAUCAUAAUCAUCGACGCAAGGCUCUGAACAUGUUCAGACUUCGUAUCAAUGCUCUCAUGUCAUUUCUCCAUCUGUAGACGUACUUUUGGCCCCUUCAAAUGCAAUAUUCAUCGAGUUCGAGGUCUAUUUUCUCUUCCACACGCCCUGGACAGCUAUGACGGGCACCGCGUCGGUCGAUGCUGCACCCGCACACGACACGACAAAUUUUGAAGAGACAUCAUCCGCGACUCAACCCAUACGUGAGUUCGUGGCAGAAAAUGGCCACGCUCAUCCACAGUCGUUACUGCCCCCACUGAAAACCGACGAAUUAGGCGACCUCAGCAGUGGCUCUGAAUUAACGCCGAUAAAGUCGGACGACGAUGAGCCUCUUCUUGACGAGUCAGUUCCGCAAACCGCACCCCAAGAUGAGGAUGCCGAAGAUGCGAGAAGCGGUGAAGUUCACAACGAAGACAACCUCGACGAUAGACCUGCCAAGCGUCGUCGAGUUGCAACCCCACCUCCAAACCCCUCGAAGCGAAAGGCUCCUUCAAUAUCUCCCCCAUGGAAGAAAUUCGAGGCUGAGGGGCCAACAACCUUCAACGAGGGCGGCAAACGAAAAUCGGGACGUAUCAACCGUCUGCCUAUUGACCUUCAGCCUCAAGGAGCCAAGCGGAUGACUAGAGGUGCUCUGCAUGAACCCGGAGGCACUAUCUCAACCAAGGACAAGCAGGCAAUACCCAAGACCAGCGGGCAUGUCAACGGCCACCGAAGCAACACGUCUACUGCCAAAGGGAGCUCCUCUAAAUAUUGUGCCCCCCCUUCCAAAUCAGCCAGAAGGUCACAAACAAAUGGAACGAGGACCUCCCCAAGAACAAAUCGAAGACGCUCCCCAUCUCCCCCGGCGCAAACAUCGCCGAAGCGCACGUCGAAUAAAACGCGACGAAGCUCUCGACCCGUCCGAGAAAGUCUCGACGACUCCCCCGAUGAGUCGCGGCAAGCAAUUCAAGACAGCCCAAACGCACGUCCGACUCGAAUUCGAUUACGCUUGAGACCCCCCACCAUACCACUAGUUCACCCAGCGCAAGUCAAUGUCUUGCCCGGGCAAACCAUUGCGCGACCCAAACUUGGUGAAAACUUUGCCGAUUAUAUCUUGAAAGCACCCAGCAUAGAUAUCAAAGAUGGUGGUUGGCACGAUGAAACAGACGAUAGCGCCGCCUACACUGACGCACAGGCCAAAAGAGAUGCGAGACUCAUCAAGCGCAUUGAGCAGGAGGCGCAACCAGGCGGCCUACUCAGCGAGCAACUAUGUUCCGUAUAUGUCCCUGAGCCUGCCGAAGAGCCUCCUAGACUAUGGGCUCAUGCGGACCAUGUUGUCAAAGCUAUGAUGAAUUUCAGGAAGCUGAUGCUCAUGGAGCAGCAGCGGCACAAGCAAGCGGCCAAAAGACUAGCAGAAGCUUGUCGAGACGAGUGGAUUCGGAGACAACCCAAAUCCGCAGAACAAAUUGAAGCUGAAGUGAGGUUGGUGUGGAUUGCCAGAUACAAGAUUGUCGUCAAAGCAGUCAUUGGCACCUGGGAGAACGUCAAGAAUGAGAUCAACCGUCGCCGGCUGGAGGAAUGGGAGACUGCCGAACAGAAAAGGGUCAAAGCUGCCCUGAACGAAGCAGUCAAUAUGUCCGAGAUGAAACUGCAAGCGCGCCGAGCACAUUUUGACUCGGAGCUGCCCUCCGAUGAGGAUGAAGAAGAUGACGAAGAUCUCGACAUGUCGGAUAUGGAGGAUGAGGAAGUGGAGGAAGAAAUGGUGUCGGAAGACGAGCCUGGCUCCGAGAUUGAGAUAGAUGGACGAGACGACAUCAUGUCUUCAUCUGAUGAUGACGAUGAUGCCAAAUCCACCGCGUCAGAUUUCGGAUUGACUCAGGAGGAGCUACGAGAGAAGUACGCCAAUGUUCCCGAUCUACCAACCUCGGACAAGAUGCGCAAUGGUGUUUACGAGGACCAAGAGCAAGUAGUUCGAUCACAUCUGGCCGAUGGAGACGAUACGAGCGACGAGUCUGUUGACAUGGACGAUGAUUUGGGCACCAGCGAUGAAGGCAUGGACAGCGGCGACGACGAUGGAUCUGAGGCUGAUGAUGGUGACUCUGAGGAAGAUGACGCACCAUCUGGCAUGCUUGGUUUGCUUUUCGGCAAGUCUGAAUUGAAGAAGCUAAGGGAGGAUGCGCCGCCUACGACAAAUGGGCAUUCACCUGAGCUAUCCAAUGGUGUCAGCGAAGAGAUUGCAAACGGCGAAGAGCUGUCCUUAGGAACAACUCCUGAGCAUCCUCCUUACCACAACAAGGUCACCAAGCAAUGCGAUGGUGUUACCCAAGGGUUGACUGAUGCGAUACCGCUGGAGCCAUCGUCUACUGAUCAACUUCCUAUCGAUCCACCUUCCAACCCGUACGAGGCAAAUAAACCUGAUACGAUGGCCACGAUACCGGGACCCUUGAAGCCGGCAGAUGUGGAAAUGGAGAUGCUUAACGCCACCGAACUGGCACGCCAGGAAAGUAGCAACAAGACAUCCACUACAAACGUUGCCGAGGGAACAGCAGCAGUCCCAAGUGUUGAAGUGACAGCGCCUCCGGACGCCACCCAGACUAGUCCCGGGACGGAUAUCACGACAAACACAGCCAGCCGCGAUCCUAGUCAGUCGCCACGGACUACCGACAGCAAACCUUCAGACGCUGACACUGCAUCUUCCGUGAUCAAGUCUGGCGUGAGCAGGUCCACGUCUCCACAGGCUCAGGUUCCUAGUACAGAAGUGCCCUUCCUACUGCGUGGCAACCUACGUGAAUACCAGCAUUAUGGUUUAGAUUGGCUGGCUGGGCUGUACCAGAACAAGACAAACGGCAUCCUGGCGGACGAAAUGGGUCUCGGCAAGACCAUCCAGACCAUCGCCCUCCUUGCACAUCUCGCUGGUCAUCAUGAAGUUUGGGGCCCCCACCUAGUCAUUGUCCCGACUAGUGUUAUGCUCAACUGGGAAAUGGAGUUUAAGAAGUGGUGCCCGGGAUUCAAAGUUUUAUCCUACUAUGGCAGCAUAGAGGAACGCAAGCGGAAGCGUCACGGCUGGAAGACUGACGAUAUGUGGAAUGUCUGCAUCACGUCGUACCAGAUUGUUCUUCAAGACCAGCAAGUAUUCAAGCGCCGACAAUGGCACUACAUGAUCCUAGACGAGGCUCAUAACAUCAAAAAUUUCAAGUCCAAACGAUGGCAGACCCUCCUAGGUUUCAACACUCGAGCUAGACUAUUAUUGACAGGAACACCCCUUCAGAACAAUCUGACCGAACUCUGGUCACUAUUGUUCUUUUUAAUGCCGUCCGAGAAUGGCGUUGGCGGUUUUGCUGACCUGGCGGAAUUUCAGGACUGGUUUCACAAGCCAGAAUCCCAAAUUUUGGAAAGUGGAAGGGAGCAAAUGGACGACGAAGCCC